UGCCUUUUUCUCUUGCCUUUUACAGCUGCUUCCACUCCUGUCAGCGAGAAUGUCUCUACAACGGAACAACCACCAGUCAUCAGGUCAGACAUCGACUGUAAUAGCGACACCAUCUCACUUCAUGUUCCACUCCAUCUGUUGCCGGCUGGUCAGCAAGUGACAUGGAAUGACCCCUCAUGCGUCGUAGCUGACAACGGGACACACUUGACCGGACAUAUUGGUCUGGGCGAUUGUGGAACAUACGUGGUGUUCAACAGUUCGCACGUGACGUUUGAGAAUGAGCUUGUUCCUCGCGAUACAAACGUAAAUGUUACUUCAAGCAACUCGGGAAUUGAUUUCGGAUCCGAGAUGAAUUCUGUAGUCUUGGUCCAGUGCGUCUAUCCUAGACGUGAACAAGAAACCACUGCCUUCCUUCCAGUACAAGGACAAGUUCGCUUCUUCGAGAAGACACUGGGUCAUAUGCAGGUCCACAUGAGGCAAGCACGUGAUUUGACAUUUUCCGAAACUUAUCAAAAUCAGAAUGAGCCACGCGCAGUUCGCCUCAACGACCCAGUUUACAUCAAACUGACCACAGACCAAGGGACUCGGACAAAAGUGGCCAUCAAUGUUGACCGUUGUCUGGCAACCCCGUCACCUUCACCACUUGAUACCGAAUUCCAGGAACUGACCAAUGAUGGAUGUCCGGCCAUUUCUUCCGUGACUAUUCACAGCUCUCCAACGUAUGAAGUGCACCUCUCCUUCCAUGCCUUCCAGUUUAUCAACCACCCGGGCGCACCUGUGUAUGUACACUGUGAGGUUUAUGUAUGUCCCCUGAGUAACCCACAGUGUGUUACUGGAUGUACCAACAACGUAGUUGGCAGGUCACGUCGAGCCGCGGUAGGAGCAAUGAAGACCCAUAUGGUGUCUACAGGGCCUUUCCCAGUGACCAAUGAUAAGGAACAAAGUGUUGUAGGUGGACAGUCUACAGCCUUGGUGGCCGUGACAGGGUUAUGCGCCGUGUUGGCAGUUGUCGCUGCCGUGUUCGGGGUCUUGGCCUGGAGAGGAAGGAGAAGACAACCCUCUGAAGAAACCUUUAACUGACUUAUUCAUAUACCCAACCACUGAAAAGUUUCUAGGAUCACUAUGUAUGCCAUUGUGUGCUUAGUCUCUGCUUGUAUAAGUAUAUAUAUUUUUUUCAACUAAUGCUUUUGAUUGGUCUGCAUGCUUUAUCAAAUAUUUACUAUAUAUAACCAAUUGUUUCACCAUAUUUUAUAUAAACAGUCCACAUGUUGCAAUGAUUAUAGAUAAAUUAGGAAUGAUGAGAAUUAAAAACAAUACUUAAGAACCAUCUGUGAAAGAAACUUGCCAAAUAGAUGUUGAUCGCAAUAGUUGGGUAGAUUUCGAUAACAACUUUGUAGCUCCACAGGCUGAGUCAAGAUUCACCCAAAAUGUUAAACUGUUAUGGUUAGUGGAUUUUCCAUUGUCUCGAGUCACACCAAAACAAACUCAGUGUUAAGAUCACUUUGCCUUUAAAGUAGAGCUACUAUACAAUAGUAGAAGAAACAAUAACUCUGUCUGACAGUCUGUCGUCGUGAAAGUUGCUUGGGAAUCCGGUUUAUCGUCGAACUGAAAUCGUCGCUUACUUUGUGACAUGUUAAUUGUUUAAGAAGAGUUUUUUCCUAAAGUAGAUGUAAUAUCACAAAUAACAAUGAUCAUUUUUAUUCUAUGUCAGUUGCUUUCACUACAUGGGUUUUCAUGAGUUGCCAGAUUUUUUUAAACAUAUAUUUUGACAGUAAUUGUGUACCUUAUUUCAAAAUAAAGAUUUGAUAUCUAUCGCAUGUAAUUACAAACUCUUGAUUCUAUACAAACUGACCUUACAUGAUUAUUCUGAUAAGAUGAAAUUCAAAUAAAUCUUCAUAACAUUUGAUCAAUUCACAAAUAUAUAUAUACUAUUGUUUUUUGUUUUGAAUGUAACAUCCUAUUUUGUAGUUCUGAAUAUUUCCAUUAUCUAAGCGCUUGGCUU